AGAACAGGCCUUCACCCAAGGAGCUGGAGGAGCUGGAACUGCUGAACAGGGCCUUAGAGAAAGCACUGAAAGUCAGGAAGAGCAUCUUGAAAACUCCAUUAGAGGCCCAGGGAGCUACAGGAGAGAAAUCUGCAAGUGAGGGAUCUGCUCCUAAGAAUGCUGAAGAGCAGCCAGUGCCUGUAGCUGUUGAGGAUAUUCCUGAGAGCACAAAGGAGCUGAAGGACCUGUUUGCCUUGAAGCUGCAAGUGUCAAUGCUGCACCAGGAAGUUGCCUUACAAAAGGUGAUGAUGGCAGAACUGCUGCCCCUCCUGGAGCCCAGGCUCUGCCCAGAGGCCUCUGCAGCUCAGCUCUACCGGGCGCUCUACGCGCAGCUCUGCGAGGGGGGCAGGCGCUUCCCCGUGCUGGUGAGAGACGAGCUGCCAGCCUGA